AUGCGUCCGUACGCUAUCCUGUCAACGGCAUUGCUUUGCCUCUCAGCCUGCGGCAAUGCUAGUGCAGCAACUCUGGAUAGUGAGCAGCUCAUGACGUCCGACGUGACCUCGCCUGCAGUCGCCGAGCGCAAUCUGGUCGCUACCGAUGAGAGGGCCGAGCAUCGACGUCUCUUUUCCUGGCCGUGGGAAGAUGACGAGGUCAAGGACACGGACAAGAAGACCGGCAAAGCAGAGGACUUGGACAGUGCGGAGGACAAACCGUUUCAUCGUCUGUUCUGGUACCGACCGAAGUACUUCGGGUGGUUUCACCUGCACGGGUUCAAUCGGAAGUUCUCUGAGGACAAGAUAAAAAGGAACGAGCAAUUACGUCCUUGGCACGCGUCUAUGCCAGCUACGGAGGGCUUCAUCGCCGGCAUUCCAUCGGUAGCUAAGCUUGUGUCAUUUGAUGACCAUUUGUUGAAUUAA